ACCGAGAUGCUGCGUGUGGGACAACACCUGCCCCGACUGACCGGCCCUGUCCCCUUAGCUGAGGAGGCUGCGGUGGCGGCUGCUGCCUGCCCCUCUGUGGUGGAUGGCGGUGAUGCAUUUUCAUACCUCCCAUCCGCUUUGGAGCCUUCUGGCCUUGAAGGCCAAACUGAUGUCAUGGUCUUGUUUGACAAGAAUCCAUUCAAGACCUUAGUGGACCAAGAGAAGAUUUCUGGUGCCAUGGUCUUGUUGGAUAAAAAUCCAUUCAAGGCCUUAAUGGAUCAAGAAAAGGCACAAGGUCUUAACAAGGACCAAUAUGAGUUGGGCAUGAAGGUUUGGCUGCAGACCCAGAUGGGAACGCAGCGUGUGGGACACCUGCCCCGACUGACCAGCACUGUCCCCUUAGCUGAGGAGGCUGUGGUGGCGGCUGCUGCCUGCCCUUCUGUGAGAGAUGGAGAUGGUGUAUUUUCACUCAUGCCAUCCUCCUUGGAUUUUUCUGGCCUUGAAAGCCAAACUGAUGACCUGGUCUUGUCUGACAAAAAUCCAUUCAAGGCCUUAGUGGAUCGAGAAAAGGCUGCGGUGGCGGCUGCUGCCUGCCCCUCUGUGCUGGAUGUCGAUGGUGUACUUUCAUACCUCCCAUCCACAUUGGAGUUUUCUGGCCUUGAAGGCCAAACUGAUGACCUGGUCUUGUCUGAAAGAAAUCCAUUCAAGGCCUUGGUGGAUCAAGAAAAGGCUGCGGUGGCGGCUGCUGCCUGCCCCUCUGUGCUGGAUGGCGAUGGUGUACUUUCAUACCUCCCAUCCUCAUUGGAGUUUUCUGGCCUUGAAGGCCAAACUGAUGACCUGGCCUUGUCUGAAAGAAAUCCAUUCAAGGCCUUGGUGGAUCAAGAAAAGGCUGCAGUGGCGGCUGCUACCUGCCCCCCGGUGGUGGAUGACGGCUGGACAUCGUUCAUGUUCAGCAUGAUCCGCCGGAUGGUGUCGGAGGAGAACGACCGAGCUGAGCUCUGGGCCACCAUGCUCCAAUUAAAGGAGCAGGCCCUCGUCCAGGAAGCCCAAGCUAAACUGGACCUGCUGUCCUGCCAACCAAGGUGUGGUGAAGAGGCAGGUCAAGGCCCUUUCAUGGAGAGUAUUCAGGUGAUCUCCCAGCUGACGUACCAGCAGGCCCAGAUGAAGAAGCUUGCUCAGGCCACUCAGGCUGCGAGCGAAGACAGGAAGUUGCUCCUGAAGCACCUGUCUGACAUCGAGACCCAGAGAGCAGCAACCAUCCAGCUGCAGAAGCAAGCUGAGGCCUACCAAAAGAAGGCCCAGUUGCCCACGACCUCAGUUCUGCAAUCUGGUCUGAUGCAGCGACCGGACGUCAAGGCCCCGGAGGCCAAGCUGGUCUCUCCCGCAGCAUCUGCUCCUUACCAGGACACUAAGGUCCUCCACUCAGAGAUGCAGGAUGCUGAGGACCAGAACUUUGGAGAAGAUCUUAGCCUGAAGAUGGCUCCUGACCAGGACACUAAGGGCCUCCACUCAGAGGUGCAGGAUGCUGAGGACCAGACCUUUGGAGAAGAUCUGGAGAUGGUGGACAAGGCUUCAUACGCGAAAGCUAAGUAUGAAGAGGUCUCCACAAAGUGUCUGAAGAACGGCGCUCUCCGUACUCCGGAGUGUGAGGUGGCGUCACUGGAUGCCGCAGCGAUGCCGGACGAGGGUGAGGUGGAGGAUGAGGCUGAGACCUGCUCGUCCAUCAGCAGCUGUGAUGACUGCGUAGAGUCUCUGGUGAGACCAUCUCUGACCUUUGACCUUCCCACAGAGUUAUAA